AUGAGGAAUACUUUAAAAAGCUCACAGCUUAUAAUGUUUGGUCUUAGAAAUUCAUUGAUUUCAUUGAAAGGCACAAGGACCCUCACAAAUUAUACUAGAUGUUGCCAGCAACAGAGAGAUAAGAUUUUAUCGAAGAAUCCCACGACUACCGGCCAUUUUAAAGAUGAAGAUGAUUGGACCAGUGUUCAAGAGAGACAGGUCUUCGAUAAGAUCUUUGAAGAGCUUGCUAGUAAGCAAGAAAUGAGGCAUAGGAACUCACAAGAAAUUUUACACCAGGCUCAAGUGGCUAAUAAUAAUAAAAAUCGUAAAGAUGGUGUACAUGUUGUCUUCGGUAAGAAGAAGGAAGAGCUAAGUCCACAAGACCAAAAAUUAAAGGACUUCCUCGAGAGUACAGGUCGUAAAUCUAAAGAUACAGCUGCUAAAAUCACUAAAGAUGAUAUUAGAUUGAAACCUGUAUCUCUAAUAGAGCAAACGGAGGAUAAGCCAAGUAUACUGCCCAAUUUGAAUUCAAAAUUCAAUGAAGAGACAUUACACGAUUUAAAAUCACGGAUUCAACUGAAAGCAACUCUAGAUACCGCUAUGAAACCAUUCAUUAAUGGUUUGGUUGAAAAAAUUGAAACUGAUUACGACUUUUUCCAAGUGGUUAAAGAAUUGAUCACUGUGUAUUUACAAAGGGAUCAACAAUUGGACAUCGGAGACCAGCUUGUCUCUAAGAAUCUAAUCAAUCAGAUUGAAACCAGUUGUAUAGAUGAUCCUCAUAGGCUUCCCGCACCAUAUCAAAUAACAUUACCAUUUACGCUGGUCAAACUAUUGACAGUGGAUGAGCUUAAUUUCCCAUCUUAUAGCAAGUAUACCAUUGCAUCAUACAUCUACCAAGAGUGUAAGAAAAGCUCUGAUGUCUCCCUGUAUUUGAACGUCUGUGACGUCGAUUUCUACAAUGUUUUACUACAGUUGUCGUGGGACAAUUUCAGAGAAAUUAAUCAGCUGAAGCAAUAUACCACAGAGAUGAGCAUCAAUGGUAUAAUGGGUGAUUUAUACACGGUGGAAAUGCUAGAUAAAAUCUGUUAUGACUUAAGAUACCUCAAUGAUGAUAUUCCUGAUGAAGAAACUACUGAAAAUAUAGCUAACCAAUCUGCUGUUGGUGUCGUAUGGUGCAGGGAGAACGCUCUACAAUUGAAUCAAGUGGAAACCUAUUUAACUAGACUGAAGGAAAGUUUGGCAUAA